AUGGUAACUGAUCCCAUCGUCGAAGCGACUCUUAUGGACGGAACAACCAUCGCCGUCAAUGACCAUGUCUACUUGGCCCCGGAACAUUUAGGCGAGACCUAUUACAUUGGUCGCGUUAUGGAAUUCUGUGGCAACAGCAAACGGCGAGGCCUCCAGGCACGGAUUGCAUGGUAUAAUCGGCCAAGGGAUGUCAUUAGUCGUAAAAAUCAUGAUCCCCGAUUACUGGUUGCCACCAUGCACUCGGAUCUCAACCCAGUGUCCUCCAUCCGAGGAAAGUGUACUGUGACCCAUCGUCACUACAUUCCGGCGGGACAGCUCGAGCAAUAUAAGCAGCAGGAUGACUGUUUUUACUAUCAUCAAUUGUAUGAUCGCUAUAUGCAGCGUGUAUAUGAUAUUGUGCCUUGCGAAUUGGUCCAAAAUGUACCCAAAGAUGUCCAGACGGCUCUCCGUGAGCGAUACCAAUUCAUUGUCGUUGAGCAAGGCAAGGCGUCCGACCUGACUGUUGCAAGACGCACCUGCUGUGUUUGUCAAGACUGGUGUGCCAGCGCCAGUUCGGUUCGAUGUGCAGCAUGCCAGAAGAACUACCACAUGGCUUGUUUGAACCCACCACUCCUCCGAAAACCAUCGAAAGGCUUUGCUUGGCAAUGUGCCUUUUGCUCACGGAAAGAAAUCAUGGAAGCACCCACGGCUUCCUCACAUACAAAUACAGCCACAUCAUCGUCAUUGCAAACAACAACAACAACAACAACGUCAGCAGCAGAAGCAGAAGCAGAAGCAGAAGCAGCGGCACCAACUUCACAUCAUUCCAGAGAUACACGAUCACCAUCCACACCCGCUUCGAGACAACGGCCUACACGCAAUGCAGCUCGUUCGAGUGCACCACGCAUGACCAAUAUGUGGCCUUUUCGGUACUUUGGCAUCCACACCGACAUUCAUGAUAUCCUGGAUAUUGACGAUCGCAUAUAUCCACGGGCGCGGAGUCGAUUGGGCGCGAGGUACCAGGCUGAUCCCAUUCCUGACUUGAUAAACGCCCCAUCAAGUAACAACGGUGAUGCCCACCAAAAUCAUCAGCCAUCUUCCCCAGCUAAAUCUGCUUCAUUGAAAUUACGCCCCAAACCCUUUCAAAAACGGACUCGCCCUCGUUCCAGAAGACGAACAGAAGGGAGUCCAAACCUUGGUCGAGCUCCAUCUGAAGAAGAUACUGAGGAACCAGGUCCAAUUGAACGAGGCACGGAUGCUACGAUUACGCCGUUAUUUCAUCCAAAUCGAUUGGACGAUCAAGUUUUGAAUCAAUAUAUCAAAGAUGUCAAGGCACUUCCAUCAUUACCCCUCCCACCCUACUCGGGCGAUCUUUUGGACCGUGCCAUACUUUGUCUCGAGCACAACGACUAUGAUACCAAGGAAGCACUUGAAGAAAUGCGCAAAGUGGACGAAAGCGAUUUUGUACAUAUUGUGGAAUGGACACCGGAAGAAGUGGAAGCUUUUGAAAGCGGAAUCAAAACAUAUGGUCACGACUUGUAUCAUGUUGGACGCAUGGUGCCCAGCAAAAAGCAUGCAGACGUCGUGCGCUACUUUUAUCAAUGGAAAAAGACUGAGCGUUACGAGCCGGUAUAUUCGCAGUGGACCAAAGUCUACAAACCGACCAAAAAAUUUAAAAAGUUUGGCAACAAUGUCAGUAGCGAAGGAACCGACGAAGAUUCCAAUAACAACAUCAUGCAAAUUGAUUCUGGAAGUGAAAUGGAUAGUGGUGAAGAGUCAGAUCCUACUGUGAUCCAUGCAAGCUCGCAUAUGGUCAAGACGUUCCACUGCGCAAAUUGUCAAAGCCCAGAUUCGACGAUAUGGCGACGGCUCCCUACAGAUGUUGAUCGCAAGCGCAAACACUUUCGCCAGGUUUUGUGUAACGAUUGUGGCGAGUUUUGGUUAAAGUACGGUAUCAUGCGCAAAACCAGUGUUGAAAGGACGGUUCAGCGUGGCAAAGGCCGUGGAUUGAAAACGAAUGGCGGCGAUGCUGCUGCAAACUCAAAAGGUGGAGCAAAACGGAAGCGGACAAAUGACGGCGGCGCAACGAAGUUUGGUGUCAGAAAACUUAAAGACGAUAAGCGUGUGGUCUCGGUUUCAUAUGAACCUACGCCUUGCGCCGUAUGUAGCGAAAUGGAGCCACAAGAGCGCCUGCUGACCUGCCAUGGAUGCGGCAUGUCUGUACACGGCGAUUGCUAUGGUGCUCACAAAUCCAUAAAAGAGGCGUGGUACUGCGAUGUAUGCAUUAACAAAAAGAACCCAACAGCCUCAUAUUCGUAUGAAUGUAUUCUAUGUAGCGAGUCUCGGCAAUCACCACGGCAACCCUUGAAAAAAACAUCAUCCUACAACUGGGUACAUGUUUUGUGUGCUAUGUUUAUUCCAGAAGUCAAGUUUGUGAACAUAGCGACGCUUCAGCCGGCCGAGUAUAUUGCAGCAAUUAACAAGGCGCGAUGGAACGAGACCUGUCAUUUAUGCAAAGAGCAGACGGGCGCAUGUGUGGUUUGCGGCGACUGUAACAAGCCCGUACAUGUACAGUGCGCUAUUAAGCACAAUUUCACAGUUGCGUUUGAGGUCCAAUCUCCCAAAGCUUCUCGUUCUGGCGUCACCAUACCUGCCGAUCUUUUUCGUUCUAACAUGCCCAGUGGGUUGAUGGUACCGCAGGUUUGGUGCCCAAACCAUGAUCUAUCUAAACAUCAGCUUGUGCGAUUAACUGAGCGCACCACGGAUACCAACGUGUCUUGUACUCGUAUUUACUCUAGCUAUUACAAACAAGUUGAAUCCGGUACGACACCAGCCAUGCGACGCUAUCGUGCAGUUCUCGCCUCUACAGGACAUCCGUACAGUAGUGCCAUUUACAACCCCAGCAGUUUGCAUUCAGAAAGCUCACCUACCUUAUCACCUGCGUCUAUUCCAUCUGCUCGCCAAAGCGUGCUUUCAACCAUGCCACCUGCACGACAACCUACUACUACAACAACAACAGCAACAUCUUCUACCUCUCCAUUAUCUUUAUCAUCAUCAUCAUCAACCAAUCGAAGAACGCCAGUGACUACUGCACUGGCUUCAGUGCCAAUCGACUUUAAUGAACAACCAAAGUGCAGUGAAUGUCCUGCUGAGUUUUCGCCUUAUUGGUGGGAUGUCGACGCUUCCCCUGACAAAAAAUUAUGCCAUCGUUGCUACUGGCGCCACAAACGUGAUAAUAAUACUGUGGACAUUAUUGCUCCUACUACUACCUCUAAUACUACUACUACUACUACUACUAAUUGA